UUCAGUUUCCAAUCUCUAAUUUUCUUUCUCUGUGAGUCUGCAUCAAAUUCUAUCACUUUCACUGCAGAUAUAACACUUCUUUGAUCAUAUUAGUCCUGUGAUCUAGCUUGGUUCGGUUUCUGAUUUUCUCUCAUGGAGUUGGGGAGAUUUCUAUGCCUGUUCUUGGUUUGCUUGACGUGUUUUCUCUCUGCAACAGAAGGAUCCAAGUUUUACGUUGGUGGGAGAGACGGGUGGGUUUUGAAACCAUCUGAGAGUUACAACCACUGGGCUGAGAGGAAUAGGUUCCUAGUCAAUGACACUCUCUAUUUCAAGUACAACAAAGGAUCGGACUCGGUUCUGGUGGUGAACAAGGACAGUUUCUACAACUGCAACACAAGCAACCCUAUUCAGAAACUGGAUGACGGCAAUUCCGAGUUCAAGUUUGAUAGGUCUGGACCAUUCUAUUUCAUCAGUGGACAAGAUGGUAACUGCGCAAAGGGUCAGAAACUAAUUAUCAUAGUUCUCGCCGUCAGGCACCGCCAAACUCCUCCGGCUCAGCCUCCUAUGGCGGCGCCACCACAAGGCUCAGCGCCAGCACCUGUACCAUCAAAAGGCUCAGCCCCAGCUGCCGCACCAUCAGGUCCAGCAUCAACACCCUCACAUGCGCCAAGUACUACCCCAAUAACAACUCCAGUUCCAGCUCCAUCAAAAGGCUCAACCCCAGCUGCCGCACCAUCAGGUCCAUCAUCAUCACCCUCACUUGCGCCAAGUACUACCCCAAUAACAUCUCCAGUUCCAGCUCCGGCCGCCGCUACUACUCCAACCUCGUCUCCUCCUAGCCCGGUGGGGCCCGAACCGACACCGUCCGGAGCUGCUCCUUCCGGGGAAGUGACGUCACCUCCACCGGGGUCGAACCAGGCAUCGACAGCACCGAAUCAAAACGGAGCGUAUGGUGUAACGGCAUCGAGCGUGUUGGUGUCUUCGGUUGUUGUUUUGGUCAGUUUGGCUCUUAUGAGCAGCUUUUAUUAGGUCAAAUAAAUGGAAUAAAUUUAGUUCUUAAAUUUUAGUGGCAUUUUUUUUCAUUCCAUUAGGAUUGUUUUUUGUUUGCUGGGAUCAUAUCUGUGUGUUGAGAGGUGUGAGAGAGGAUUAUUUUGGGUCCAUUAUUAUUUGUUUAUUGUUGUACAAGUUAUCAAUGGACAUGGGAUUUGGUUUUAUCGAUCA